UCUAUUGUUUCCAGUGAAACAAACUCUUCUAUAUUCUAUAGGAAAUCUAGCUAUGAGAAGAAAGUAUAUAUAAUAUGGAUGUAGAACCCAGAGCUUUCGAGUUUUUUCUCAUCAUCUCACACAGAUUCCAUCUUAUCAACCUUCUACUUAACAAUAAGAACUACUGCUCUAACAAGCUUAACCAUCUAUAAUCUUCGGCUGCCCAAUUAGUAACCUUUCCUCACAUACUGAACACUUUAUUCAAACAUAACCAAAAUGGGGAAAUUUGAAUCUACAGGCCCUUCAAGCGCCGCUGCGCAACUUUCAUCUGACAAUACCCUUAGCGGGUUCUCUUUGCCCGACCCCGGCUUUGACCCUACUAACAACCAUGCUAUCAAGGCUUACUACGAGAAGAAAGAGAAGAAGGGUGUCCUUGCCGACGAGGAUGGUAUCGAACCAGAUGUCGAAGAAGAGGCUGAGCGAGCAGUCACUGACUGGGAGGCGGCAGUCGGUCGAAAAGCGACCGAAGAAGAGCGCGAAAAUAUGAUGGCGAGAAUUCGACAGAUUCGUGCUGGUGAAUGGCUAGAAGGCGCAAAAGCGCAACUCGUCGGGAAGGCUACUGUCCCUAUCGCCUGGUUCAACCGUCUUGUGGCACAGAACGAAGGGGUUAUCCAUUUUGUUGCCCAGAAAUCUGUUGAAAUGAAGCAACGGAAACAGGAGGCUAACGAGAAAAUCGCGGAGCUCCUAGAAGAAAUCGAGAAGCUAAAGGAUGCUCAAGUGGCCAGCGAGGACAGCAGCAAACUAAAGGCCCAGAUCGAAGAAUUAGAGAAAGAAGUCUCCAGGCUACAGGACGAGCUUAACAAGGCCGAAGAACAAAUAAAGAAGCUCAAGGAGGAGAACGACAUCCUAAAGACACAGCUUAAAGAAAGCCAGGACCGCGAGAAAGACCUCCAAGAUAAAUACGACAGGCAAACAUCCGAGCUAAAUGCUUGCUACAGAAACCUGCGGGAUCGAGAGGACAAGAUUGAACAGCUCGAGGAAGAGGUGAGAGAAAUGCGGAGAAGGGAACGAGCUGUUAGAGAUGAAAACACGAGACUCGAGAAGAUGAUCGCCGAGCUAAAGCGCAGGCUCGAGGACUCCGAGAACAAGAACAAGACAACAGCAAGUCCCGCUCCCGGCCCGUCUGCUGAGUUCGACACUAUGAAGAUACUUCGAGAGCUCAAGGAGGCGAAGGAGAAUAACAAAGACUUGAAAGAGGAGACCAGAGAGCUCCUUGAUCGAUGGAUGGCCCAGGUUGGCGACACAAACAACCUCCUAGAGUUCUACAACGCCGUGGGCGAGGUAAGACAAUCGAUGGGCAGGUUAAAGCAACGGGUCCUCGACUUUUACACGAGUCUUGGAUACGACAACGACCACGUCCGAUCAGCGGGAGAGGCUCUCGAUAACCUCGAGGAGCAGAUGAGGGAACAGCCUGCACAACCGCUCGGCGCCCGACUCUGGGGUCUCAAGCUCGUCGCCGAGAAGCAGAUGCUCGAAACGCAAAACGACGCCGAGAUCAACAAGCGGGUCGAGGAACAGACACAGCUGUCCCGGGUGCAUCGCCGUAAAUUGGCUAGGAAGAUGUUCGAAUGUGGCCAAAGGUUGGCCAUGAUCGCUGCCGCAUGUCCUGACCAGCCGACUCGAGACGCUAUCACGACUGCAUCUGACGAAUGCCUGUCCCCGGCUGCUCUGAUGAAAACGCUUCCGACGUUUGAAGAGUUGUACUAAUUGUCUGUAAACAUCGCGUCUUCAAAGUUGUCCUCGCUACCACCUCUAACGAUAGUUCCUACAAAUGCGGGCUUAAACCAGAGCAAGUAGCUGUUAAUAUCCUAUAGAGCAGCCGAGUGACACUAAGAGUAGGGUCGGGAAAGGGGGGCUAUUCGGUAAAUUGCCUAACCUAGGCGUCUGUGUAUAGGGAUCUUCACCACGUUUCUUCAAUUGCUUACUCGUAAGUU